CUGAGAGCACUCCAUCGUCGUCGAGACGACUCCGCUUUGACUUCGAUUGCGGCCGAUUGUGUCGGUGUCGGCGACGGCCGAGGAAGAGGAGAAGGCACAUGCGCCAGCCUAGAGCACGAGCGCCGCUCCAAUCCCUCGCCAGCGUUGCUGCGAUUUUGAUCGCGAGUAGUGCUGCCGCCGAAGGAACCGAUGCUUUCUCCUUCGCCUCUCCGAUCUCGCCCUUGGUCCGUGCGUCGGUUCGAGGAGCCGUCGAGUGCUUCAUCCGGCGCCCUAGAGAUUAGUUCGUGUUCAGGGGAAAUCACCAUUCUCGACCUAGUUCAGCAAGCGGCUAACUACAAGCAGCUCAAGAAAGGAGCAAAUGAAGCUACCAAGACACUGAGUAGGGGUAUCUCUGAGUUUGUUGUCAUGGCUGCGGAUACCGAGCCCCUUGAGAUUCUUCUGCACCUUCCGUUGCUUGCUGAGGACAAGAAUGUCCCAUAUGUGUUUGUUCCUUCAAAGCAAGCACUCGGGAGAGCCUGCGGUGUCACGAGACCAGUCAUUGCUUGUUCUAUGACAACCAACGAAGGAAGCCAACUGAAAUCCCAGAUUCAGCAGCUCAAGGUAUAUGGUGUCUCCACCACAAUUGUUCAUUUUACUCAUUGA